UGCGCGCAAAGCAAGGUAUAGUUUAGUGUGCGCGUUUUGGUAUAUUGCUUUUGCCGCGAUAGAGCCGCGGGACGCUUCACUCUCGAUGCAAAGUCCAGCCGGCGUGCUGCUUUGCUUCCUUCUAUACUUUGCGCCCGACACGCGGUCGCGCUUCUCGUUUUUCGGGGGUGUGCUUUUUUUUACAUUUUGUUUAUCGUUGUUUCCAUCCAGUUUGUAAUAAACGUGUACAGUUGGAUAAACUUUCGGGGUGACGUGCAGUGCUCGUAGGUGAGAGAUUGGUUCUGCGGGGAUUUAAAAUUUCCCGCCCUUUAUUCGGUGUAUCGGGGUGUAACAACCCCCUCCCCUAGCGGAAGGGUUGUUUUUUUUUCUAUCGAAAAAAAUUUUUUUGAGCUUUUGCUUUUCCAAUAGCCAGUGCAGUCAAAGUGGUGAACAAAAGGUGGUGUUUUUAGUGUAAAGUGACAACUCGAUGGGAUAACUAAAGUGGAAAAAGUGCGAAGAUCCAAAAAAAAAAGUCUCAUCCGAAAAACUUUGUUGGAAGAAGGGAUGACAAAGGAGGCAUAAGUCAACGCAAUUUCGUUCCUGCGGUUGGAGCGAAAUAUUCAUCAAACAAAACAGAUUCCCCGAAUAAAAAGAAAGAAGCAUUUGGAGCAAGAAAAAGACACAGGACCGCCGGCGCUAGUCUCAUAGAGAGAGAGGCAUAUACGCUAGCACAAAUACCACGGGCGCGUAGUUUUAUUUUUUCGACGCUCCCUUCAAACUCGUCUCUGAAUCAGCACGCCGGCUGCGUCGAAUAAUCAUUGUCGUCGUGAAAUUAGUCAGCCGGCAGCAGCCGUGGCGAGAAGAAGUAUACACGUACAAGCAAAAAAAAAAAUGAAAUAAAAAAAACGAGUAGCGUAAGACAACGGAGGGGCAGGAGGAGUGGAAGGAAAACAAUGAGAUUACGAGUCUAGAGAGACGCGAAGUUUGUGUUUGUUUUACUCGGUAUACACGUGAGAGAUCGUCGUGAAAAAAAAAAAAAAAAAAAACAGAGAGAAACUGUGUACAUAACACAAAAGUUUUCCUCGUUCGGAAAAAUCAUAAAUAACCGAUGGUGUAUGUAGUUGCCGGCAAUCACGUGUGCCAAAUCGGCAAUCGACCGGGCCUUGCCGUUUCGUGAGAAUGUAAUUUUUAUCGAGCGACAUUGAACUGAAUUGGAGAAGCCAGAAACACGAAAAAAAAAAAAAAAAAAAAAUGAGACGCAAGGCAAGGUCCCGGCGUGCGGGAUCAGUUGCUGCUUCGAUGAAACAAUCGGCUGACGGAUCUUCAGCGAAAUUUCACGGGACGCUCUGACGACCAACUAUACCCGGGAUAUACAAUAGAAAAAGUCAAUCGUGCGAGAGAUAAUCAGCUGUUUUCGUGUGUGUUUUGUCGUGGAUGUAUCACAUAUUUAUCGAGUGCGCGCAUCGCGAGAUAGACCGCGAUGAGAGCUCCAGUGAAACACGACGUGACCCACCAAACCUCGAAUCGGCAAGUAAAACCUAUUACGGACGAAUGCGUCACGUUGUUUUUUCUCGGCAAAAAGUGACAGAAAAAAAAAAACUCACCCAAGUUCAAAGUCCUCGGUUGAUGGGUGGUCAAACUUUUCUAACACGGAAAUCGUAAAAAAAAAGGAGCAGAUCGGCGAAGCGCUGUACCUCCAGCGUCAAUGUCAACAGGGUCACCUCGGCGAGAGUCCAUUCGACAGCGGCUCCUGGGGUAAGGAUCACUUCCAGCCGACCUCGGUUCCCUGGCAGGCGAACCCACACGGCCACGGCCGAACAACCGACGAUGGCAUAAUGGACCAUGACACGGACGGUGACGGAGCUAUAAACUUGUCAACGUCCCAGCGACCCUCCGCCUCGACAACGCCCAACGGCGACGCGUCUCUCUACGGUCAAGAUCAGCAGGAUAACGAUCAGGCGAGCAGUAUAUACGCGGCUCUGAAGCAGCAGUGCGAGUCCCGUCCGAGCCGUUGUCGCGACAGCAGUGGAAACUCGAGCGGCCCGGAGAACAGUGUCAACCCGGAACAGCCGGACGUCAGCAUCGAGUACCAAAGCAAUGGGAAGCUCAGCCCGAGCUCGGUCCACCACCACCACCACCACCAUUUUCAUCAGCAGCAGCAAAACAGCCCAGUGACGGGAGGUUCGGUGGUUGGUGCAGUCACAGGAGCGGGAGCAAUAGUACCCUCGGUAUCAGCCGCAGCACCCAUGACCCAGCAAAAGCAGCCGAUCAUAACUCAGCAGUCGCAGCAGCCGAGCUCCGGGGCGCCCGGGCCCCAGCCGAGCCCCCAGGGCCCGCAGCGGGCCUCACCCCUCGAUCCGUCGCAGGGCCUGCCGCCCACCUCGCAGACCACCGCCGCCCAGAUGAUGCUCAACCCAGCGGUGGGCGGCCUACACCAGAUGCAGCAGAUAUUACAGCAGCACAUACUCAACCCAACCCAGCUACAGUCCCUCAUGCAGCAGCACUCGAUCUACGUCCAACAACAACAGCAACAACAGCAGCAACAACAGCAACAACAACAACAGCAUCACCAUCAGGACCCGUCGUCCGAGCACCAGUCGAGCCAGGAGCACUUUGGUUACUUCUCGUCGUUGAAAAACCACCAGCACCAGUUGGCCGAGCUCGGGCGCAAGCAGCUCGAGCAAACGAUGCAGCAGCUCCAGGAGCGCCUCCAGCUGAACCUCAUACAGCAGACCCACCUACUGCAGGCGCCCGACAAGAAAAAGGCCUCGGCCACCCUGCAGCAGCUCGCCCUGCAGCAACAACAGCUCAUACAGCAGCUCCAGAUCACCCAGAGGCAGUACCUCCUACAGCAGGGCUUGGGCCUCCAGGGACACAACCACUCGGCGGGUCUGCAAGCCUCGGAGCCGAUGACGGGCUGGAAGACGGAGCCGACCGAGAACUCGGAGCCGCACGCCAACUCGAGCCUCCAGAAAUCCACUUCCGGUCUAAACGGCCUUCUUAACUCGUUAGUGUCGAGCCGUGGGCGCUCCGAGCUGAACGGCACGGCGCAACAGAUGGACGACAAGCCGCUCGACGCGAGCAACGAGAAGCUCCAGCACCAGCUUUACGGGCACGGGGUGUGCAAGUGGCCCGGCUGCGAGGCCGUGUGCGACGAGUACCAGGCGUUCCUCAAACACCUGAACACGGAACACACGCUCGACGACAGAUCAACGGCGCAGGCGCGCGUCCAGAUGCAGGUGGUCUCCCAACUGGAGAUCCAGUUGCAGAAGGAGCGCGACAGGCUCGCGGCGAUGAUGCACCACCUGCACAUGGCCAAGCAGAUGGCCUCACCUGAGCUCCCCAAAUCCUCCGAGUCAUCGAACACGCCGAGUAUGCCGAAGAUGAGCUUGUCCGCGGGUUUGAUGGGCCAGCCGCCGCCAAACUUUGGGGGUAUGUCGCAAGUCUCGCCAGUCUCGAUAUCGAGCCUCGUUUCGUCGGUGAGGUCGCCGGCGGGUGGCCAAUUGCCCCCAGCCUCGGGUCCGGGUAUGCCACCCGGGCUGACGGGCAUCGCAAGUAUGCCAGGCAUGCCCCCCAUGCCCAACAUGCCCGGUGGUCUGCCCAGCAUGCCGAGCAUGCCCAACUUGGCUGGGCCCAUUCGCAGGAGGAUCAGCGACAAGUCGAGCUUGUCGCUCGCAGGAGGACUGUAUGACGAGGGCACUGUAAGGCGCAGAGUAUCCGUCGAUAGAUCUGGAUUAGAUAUUAAUGAAGAGAUUCAGCGAAAUAGGGAAUUCUACAAAAACGCAGACGUUAGACCGCCGUUCACGUAUGCAUCAUUAAUACGCCAGUCCAUCAUCGAAUCUCCGGACAAGCAAUUGACGCUUAACGAGAUAUACAACUGGUUCCAAAAUACAUUCUGCUAUUUCCGGCGCAACGCUGCAACGUGGAAGAACGCAGUGCGACACAACCUGUCUCUCCACAAAUGUUUCAUGCGAGUCGAAAACGUGAAGGGGGCCGUUUGGACGGUGGAUGAAGUGGAAUUUUACAAGAGACGCCCUCAACGCGCUUGCAGCACGACUGGGGGUGUGCCGUCAAAGAGUCCAACGCUCACGCACAGUCCGACCAUGUACGGUGACGCUCUCACUGCGAAUCUCCAGUAUUUCCAGGCCGCCCUCGGUGAGUCGAACAUGGGCUUCUUGAGCAACUCCAUGUGCCCGUCGACGGCGACGAGCCCGGACAAGGAGCACCAGCCGAUCCCACCGUACAACGACAUGUUGAUUAGGUCGUCGCUGGACGACUCGGUGGCGAGCAUGCACAUAAAGCAGGAGGGCCAGAGCCCGGAGGGUGGCAAGCUGUCGAGGCUGAUAAAGCGCGAGCUGCUGGAGGCCCCGACGGAGCACGACGGGGAGGAGGAGGCCUGCAACGACGAGCGCGACUACCCGGAGAGCCAAGCGGGCCCCGACUCCGGCCCGGACGAGGACAUGGCCGAGGACCUCUCCAUGGCGCCCGAGAUCCUCACCGCCGCCGACGAGCACAGCGACGUGUAGUGGGCUCGACUCGCCCCACGCAGGUCUGACUAAUGCUACACAAGCUCGGUUGGCCCCUCAAAGGGGGGCCGAUCUGUUUGGCGCACAGUAGCGCUUGGAUCCGAGCAAAAGGCUGAUACGCUUUUCCAGAGCUCGUUCGCCGAGGGACGAGCAAACGGUCGAGGAACGACCCGAAAAAAAAAAAAGAAAGAAAAAAAAUUACGGAAGACCCGAGGAUGAAGUCAUAGUGAACAAGAGAAGACUGGAACGAGAAAUUAAAAAAAAAAAAAAAAAGGUAUAGGAAAAGAGGAAAAGGAGCAAAAAAUAUAUACCAAAGGUACGUCAUCGCAACGCCACCGACCGGUCCUCGGGGAAUCUUCCGACAGUUCGCCAUAUCCGUUCGUAAAUGUAAUAAUAUUAAAUAAUAAUCGAAGCUCGUCGCUCCCUCCCUCAUUGGGCCCCGGAAAAUAAUAAAAUUAUGUGUAGAAGAAUGAAAAAAAAAAAUAAUAAUAAUAAUAAAUAAAUAAAUAAAACAGUGGGGGAGGGAAAACGGGAACGCAGUAUUGUUCUCAGAGUCGCCGAGGUGAGGGAGACCACGCGACUCGUCUCGAUCCAUAUCUUUAAUCAAGCAAUUAAGAGAAACACAACGAUGUAUAUUCACAAAUGGAUGAACGAAAGAAUGAAGAUGCGCGCAGGAAGG